AUAGUCAAAUAACAGAUAUAAUCAACUGGCAAAUCAGAGUCUAAUUUGUUUUUGUUUCUCUCGAGCCGAGGGCCAUGGUUCGAUGCCGCCGCAAGUCUGUGCCAUUUCUUUGGCACGUAGCCCGCUAGUGCUGGCUGGUCUAGAAUGAGAAUGACAGUGCGCACGUAUUUUGCAACCGCGCUCCGGUCGCGCCGAGAGUGUUGCUAAUUCUUUUGAGGACAGAUGUGUGUCGAUUAUUGUGAUAUAGAAACUCCGUAAAAUGUGACUUUUUGGAUUAUUGUUGUUUUGCAAAACUAGCCUAUUGCAGUGAUGGGUCGGCAUAAGAAAGUAACUUCAGAGCUUAAAUCACCAAAAUGUGCAUCAACGAGGAGAAUGCCUGUCACUGCCGGGGGAGGAAAUGUUAAAGAAACCAAUAAAAAUAAGAGAAAAACUGCUUCCGGGGAAGGAAAAGGCAACGUAGAGGCUUCGACUGGGCGUGGAGGUGUGAAGUCGAAAAUUGAGUCUGUGCCGUCAGUCGAAGAAAAAACAACCGUUACUUCGACUCGAGGCAUUUAUAUCACUCCAUCGAGAUACGGUUUACGUUCUACUACCGUCAAGAAACCGCCUAGAAAUGAAAGUUCACCUCCAGGGCCAUCUCAAGAGAAAGGACAGGAGAAGGACAAAGAGAAAGAUAAGCAAAGCAAAGCAGAGCAACCCAAGGCUGAAAGAAAGAGAUGGGAAGCUUGGAGUUUUCAAGACAAAAACCUUUUCUUUGAAGCAGUGGCAGAGCAUGGCAAAGACUUUGAGUCUAUUCAGAGGUACAUCGGACAGAGGCAUAAGAAGCUUGGUUAUCCACCCAACCAGAACAAGAAUAAAGAUCAGGUUCGGCACUUGUAUUAUCGCACCUGUCAUAAACUCCUGAAAUUUGUCAAGCCAUUGCCUGAUCAACCGAGAGUGAACAGUGAGCUUUGUGCCCUGGUGAACUACGGAGAGCUCCGUAAGAAGCUCAAGGGCGGACUCACUGCUAAGUGGGGUCUGAAACUAGAUGAAUUAGUUUCACAGGGGUCAACAGCAAUUCGUUUCAAAGGUAGAAAUCUCAAAGUGAAAACCCCCGUCUGCAAGGCUUUGAAGAAGCUGAAGGGUGUAGGCAUUAAGAAUUAG